GUGAGCACUCCUAAGCUGCUAUCUCUGACAAAAUGUGUCGGUAGUUCAGUAAAAUCAGUUGGCUAUAACAAGGGGAGAAGUUUAAGUGAUUGCACUUAAAGUUGUAUAUAUGACUCACGAAUGGAUCCUAAUUCAAACCUAAUCCAGAAAGGACUGUUUUACGUUUUAUUGGUCUGUGUUUGUCUAAUACAUCAAGUGUGUAUUUUUUGGGCCGUUGAAAGCGUGAAUUUAACUCACCAGCAUGAUCCUGAAAACGGGAGCAGCGGGAUAAUACUGCCGAAAUGGGAGACCCGUUCCCAUGCCGAGCAGCAAGUCCAGUUAAAUAACACAUCCUCAGAGCAGAGAGAAGCAUGGGCUCCCCACAGAUCCAGGGGGAGUAAAGAUCCUUGUAUGUUUCUAUGCAUGCAUGGGGAUCAUUGUCUCUAUCCAGGCUCCUGCAACUGUUCUUUCUCUCAGGCUACUGGAUCACACUGCCGAACAGUUCCAAAUACAGGUUUGGAAAGAGAGAUGGCAUGCAGAUCAUGGGGGCAAUACAAUUAUGAGACAUUUGAUGGCCUUUACUACUACUUCCCUGGCAAGUGCAGCUACACACUUCUGAAAGUCUGUGAGGACAGCACAAAGUCAAGUGUGUUUAUACAGGUCCAUAAUGAUCAAGACUGCAAUUCCAAUCCAUACUCCUGCAGGCGAUCAGUAAGCCUCUUCUUGCCAUGGGAAGGCGAGAUUAGAUUACAAGGAUUCAAUGUAACAUUUAAAGGUCAAAGUUUACAGAUCCCACAUAAUGUUCAUGAUAUUGAGCUGGAGAGAAUAUCUGACUACAUCCUGGUAUCGCAGCAUCAGGUUUUCAUGCUGGCAUGGCAGGGCCAUAGCAGCUCCAUCUAUAUUAAGAUGAAUCCAGAAUUUGUGGGUCGUACCUGUGGGCUGUGUGGCAACUUUAAUGCAGAUGUACAAGAUGAUCUAAAAACCAGUUAUGGUAUGUUCACAGAAAAUCUUGCCAUGUUUGGGAACAGUUGGAUGGAGGAGGAGCCACAACAGCUCACAUGUCCAAUGGUGCCAUCUUUCUACCCAUUUCCCUGUUCUACACAAGAGCCCCAUGAACUGCUGAAAGUGGCAGAUGUGUGUACAUCUUUACUGAAAGAUCCAUUUACAUCCUGCCAUGAAUUUGUCAAUCCAUAUUCAUACAUGGCCAGCUGUUCUAAUGACAUUUGCCUGUCUGGUUCCAGUGGUGAUAUUGUUUGCCAUGUGUUCACUGAGUAUACAAGAGCAUGUGCCCAUGCUGGACACCCACUGCACAACUGGAGAGCACAUUUUCCUAUGUGCAAGAUUGAAUGCCCUGCAGAGCUUAUUCACAGAGAGUGCAUCACAUGUUGUCCUGUGCACUGCAAUACUGAACACAUCUGCAUUGACAGCAAACUACAGUGUUUGGAUGGCUGCUAUUGUCCAGAAGGGCUAAUCUAUGAGGAUGGCAUCUGUGUGAAGCCAUCAGACUGUCCUUGUGAACACCGGGGAAUGUUCUACCCUUCAGGACAUACUAUACAAGAGAAAUGCAACAACUGCACUUGUGUUGGGAGUGUAUGGAACUGCACGGAGCACAGCUGCCCAGGGGAAUGCUCAGUUACAGGAGACAUGUAUUUCCAAUCUUUUGAUGGUCAUAUUUACACCUUCCCAGCUACAUGUCAGUAUGUUUUAUCCAAAAGCCGAAACCCAGGCGGGUUCAUUGUGACAAUCCAGAAUACCCCAUGUGGGCCUAAUUUGGAUGGGGCUUGUAUUCAGUCAGUGAACUUGGUCCUGAAUGAGGACCCUCGCACUGAGGUAAUGCUCAGCCACAGUGGGGAGGUGUACAUGGCAAGCCAGAUCCGUGUCUCUCUGCCAUAUUCAGAUGAGAUAUUUCAGAUCCAGGAGCUAUCAUCCAUGUUUGUACAGUUAAAGACAGUGCAGGGUUUACGGCUACAGUACAACUGGAAAGAAUUUCGACUGUACUUGCAGCUUGGGGAACUGUGGAGGGACAAUACAGUGGGGUUAUGUGGUACCUUUAAUGGUAAUAUGCAGGAUGACUUUCUUGCACCCUCAGGUAUGAUAGAGAGCUCUCCAAACUUGUUUGGGAAUGCUUGGCGCUUGCCAUCAGCCUGCAUGCCACGGCCCAGUUUGUCUCAGCUGGAUCCCUGCGAUACUCAUCAGCAAACUGCAUCCUAUGCCAUGGAGAAGUGUGACAUAUUGACACAGGAGGUAUUUGCUGUUUGUCAUGAGCAUGUAAGUCCCAUGGCCUUCCAGCUGCAGUGCCGUGCAGAUGUGUGCAGGUGUGGAACACCGUGUCUUUGUUCUGCUCUUGCCCAUUACACACGCACUUGUCGAAAGCAUAAUAUCAUCAUUGAAUUCCGCUCACAUGUGCCUGAAUGUGCUGUGACAUGUCCACCAACAAUGGAAUAUGGCAUGUGUGUGUCAUCUUGUGAACGGCACUGCCUCUCCCUGUCACUCCCACAGUUUUGUGGAGAUGAGUGUGAGGAGGGUUGUGUGUGUCCUCAAGGAACAUAUUACAAUAUGUACACACAGACCUGUAUUAAAAGGAGUGAAUGCCCAUGCUCCUUCCUGGGAGCUGAUUACUCUCCUGGAGAUGUGAUUUUGACAUCAUCAGAUAUACAAAUUUGUCAAGAUGGAAAAUUUGUCUCACAAAGCAUUAUUACAGAUAAAUUUUGCCCUCCUGGGCAGGUUUAUGAGGACUGUGAAAAUAUAGUGGAAGGACUUUCAGCUAGUAAAGGUUUAGCUUGUGUCCACACUUGUGAGUCAUACCUUCUUAACCUGACCUGCUCCAGUCAUGAGCCCUGUGUUCCAGGCUGUAUCUGUCCACCAGGACUUUUAAAGCAGGGUGAUGAAUGUAUUGAGCCUGUUGCAUGUCCAUGUUUAUGGAAGGGUAAAGAGUAUUACCCAGGGGAUAGAGUGUCCUCACCUUGCCACCAGUGUGUGUGUCAACAUGGUUUAUUCCAGUGUGACUUCCAUCCAUGUGCAUCAAUGUGCACUGUGUAUGGAGACCGACACUACCGUACAUUUGAUGGAUUGCUAUUUGACUAUGUUGGAGACUGUAAAGUUUACUUGUUAAAGAGCUCAGCUGAUGUAACAUUAAAUAUUGCAGCAGAGAAUGUAGACUGCUUUGAUAAUGGUGUGAUUUGCAGAAAAUCCCUUUUCAUUUCCAUUGGGCAGUCCAUAAUUUUUUUCGAUGACGAAAGUGGCAAACCUAAUCCAUCCAGUGUAAUCGACAGACAAAAUGUGUAUAUCCUGAAUGCAGGCUACUUCACUAUUAUCCACCUAACACAGUAUGAGAUUUCAGUGCUCUGGGAUAGAAAAAACACGAUCCAUAUACAAGCUGGACACCAGUGGCAGAGUAAACUCUCUGGUCUGUGUGGGAAUUUUGAUCUCAAGACAGUAAAUGAAAUGAAAACCCCAGAUAACAUGGACGUGUCAACACCACAGGAGUUUGGCAACAGCUGGACAGCAGCAGAGUGUAUUAAUAAUCCAGAUAUAAGGCAUCCAUGCUCUUUGAAUCCAAGCCGAGAAUCUUUUGCCAAAAAGCAGUGUGGGAUACUCCUCAGCGAAGUAUUCCAAGCCUGUCAUCCAGUGGUGGAUGUGACAUCAUAUUAUAUGAACUGCCUGGCGGAUACAUGUAGCUGCUAUCGUGGGGGUGACUGUGAAUGUUUCUGUACAAGUUUGGCAACAUACGCUCACAGCUGCUGCCAACAGGGAUUUCCUAUUGAUUGGCGAUCACCCUCCCUAUGCCCAUAUGAUUGUGAAUACUACAACAAAGUUAUAGGUAAAGGUCCUAUUAGGUUGCUGACCUAUAGAGAGAGAAAUUUGCUAUUGGCAGCCAACUGGACAAGUGGGUUGGUGUUUCUGAAGAGGGGGGUUUCCAGCACGGAUGGUGUUGUGUCUCUGUUCAUGAUAACGCCAGGGCUCAGUAAAACCCGACAACAUGAUUCAUCACUAGUAUCAUUUGAAUCAGCAGACAGGCCAAAUUAUUUCCUCCACACAGAGGGCACUGGUCACUUAAGACUGCGCAAGUGGGAGGACAGUAGGCACUUUUGUGAUGCAGCAACCUUUAUACUGCAUAGGGAGACUUGGAUCACUGGAUUUGAUUCACUAGAAUCACUUGCGUGGCCUGGAUACUUUCUACACUACACGCUGUAUAAACUGCAACUUCUGAAAUACAAUCACUCACCUCGUUACCGCAGAGCCACUCUCUUCAAACUUGCUGGCAGCACUGCAGAUGUCUCAAUAAUUCCUCAGUGCCAGUGGCGGUAUGAAUCUUGUACAAGUCCUUGUUUUAGGACAUGCAGUGAUCCAGCAGCUAUGAGCUGUGUGACCACCCUAAAAGUUGAGGGAUGUUUUCCCAAGUGUCCAGCUCAUAUGGUUUUGGAUGAGAUGACUCAGAGAUGUGUCUAUCUGGAUGACUGUAUUAAGCCUUCGGUUACACUGGCAGAAUUCAAUUUAACACUCACUGCAGUCACCUCUUCCACUCUGGCCCCAGCAAAUAUCUUUACCGUCACAGCAACAGAGGCACUCAAUACCACAAUAAGUCAUACUAAGUCUUCCCCUCCAGAAACUAGCGGAACAGCGUCCACAACUGUUACUAUACACUAUUCAACCCUGUUGUCUCCACCUAUCAUUACCUCUACCAUACCAGUACCAGAUGAAUUAGUGAGGACAUCAUCAGUCCAUCCUCAUUUACUGGCUUCUAAUGCAGGAACCAUUACAGUGCCCAGUGCUACUGUUUUUACCCACAGUAAGACUACAACUCCAAGAGCAAGAGUAACACCAUCGCUAUCCAGUAGUACAAAUUCCUCUGUAACCCCCACCAUGGACAUUUCCAACACCUCAACCAAGUUACUCACUAGGAUAAGUCCUCUCCCUUCAAGACUAGCAUACACCACUGCGGCCACUUCUGAGACAACACCAGAAACCCUCAAAGUACCUCUUGGUACUACCAGCCCUGAGCCUGCCUCAUUUUCGAAAACCUCCACAGUUAGAAUUACAACACCUCCUGAAUUUUCUACAACCAGUAGUACAGAGACCUUUUCUGCUGAAAACUUUACAUUAACCAAAUCAUUGGAUUUGAGUACCUCUGCCAGCACUGCACAUCCUAGUGUUCCUGCCCCAUUACAUCCCCUUACUGUUAUGCCACCUACAAUCACUCAACGAUAUACCACAGAGUUUAUCACAGCAGUCAGUUCCUUCAGAACACUAAAAACAACUACAAUGAGUGGUACCAGAGAACCUUUAAUGGUACACACCAACGACAAAACUAUUCCUAUGUCUCCAGUUGUUGUGAAAACAUCCACAACACAGUUUCUUGUAAAACCUAGAGAGACAACCCAAACAAUGUCAUUUGUGACUACAUAUCCUUUGUCAAAGCACCUUGUGACCACCAAAACUAUAUCAGACAUCUUAAACACCACAACCCAAAUCACAACAGUGCCUGCUAUGGUCUCUACAGCUGAGUCAAUGGAAACUACAACAACAACAUUUCAACCAAUAUCUAUGCCGUUUACCACUCAUACACCCUGGACUACUGGUGUCCCACCUAUUGAUGAGACACACACAAACACUUCCUGGAGAAUGAGCCAUACCACGAGAGGGACCACAUCCACAGAAUCUAUCUCAGCAAAUCAGUUUGAAAUCACAACUAAAGCUAUUGUUCCAACUCCAACAAAAAUCCUCCCAUUGCCAUCACACACUAAAAUCUUUCCUUUAGCUACAGAAAAUGAUAUGUCAACAUUACCACAUUCACAAACUUUGCAUACUCACUUGACAACUCCCAUAAUGGUGAGCAAUGGUACUGUAGCUAAAGGUACUACAGCUAGUUCCACAGAGUCACAUUUACGUCCCCUUUCAUACUUAUCCUCAGCUUCUGCUCAUCUCUCAGAGAAAAUCAGCACAUUCAAGACACAGCCUUCUACUUCAGCUUCUACAAUAAAAGAUGACAUCAACAUUAAAACAACACUUCAAGCUUAUGCCCCUGCAGUUACAAUGUUUACUUCUGCAUCUACAGUGUCACCUCAAACACAGAUGAUCGGUUCAGUAGCCACAUCCAGAACAACUGAGCCCCUUCUAUCAACCAUAGAGACUGUUUUUACCUCUUACCCACCCACUGUCAGUUCUGGGACCCUCCAUCCCAAAAUAGAAACGAUUCAUUUCCUUCCUCACACUGACAAAUUUGACCUUUAUACUGAUAAAUUCUUGCAACCAUCUUUUAUUAAACAGCCUACUUCCAGUCCCAGAAUGACUUCACACACAGAGAGAGUGGAGACAAUAACUCCAAGCAUUCCCAAAACAACCAGAAUCACAGUGACAACACACCUUAUACCCCCAAUAAUCACUGAGAAAACAAUUACAUCCACAGAGAAAAUACUAGAUGCCACUAUUUCUUUGGAGAGGGAAAAGCCUGGUUCACAAACUAGCUCUUUAAGCCCAUUAACAUUUUCAACCAUUCAUAGUGCAAAGACAGCACUUCAAAAGACUGAAAACCAAACUGCAGUGGGCCACAAACAAUUAACAUCAGUAGGCACAAGCACUGCAACCACUGCUUACAUGGCCCCACAUAAUACAACUGACUCUGCAAGAACAAUCUCUUUUAAUAUGACCCCAUCAGAUGGGCAACUGGUGGAUAAAAUGACAUCAGCAACACACAUAACUACAGAAGGGCUACAGUCACCAAACAGGUCCCAAACUUCCAGCUCUGCAUUAUUCAUCACACCCACUACCGUUAACACUCUCAUAACACAGACAAAGCAAUGGAUAACCCCAACAGAGGAAUUUCUUCAUUUAACUCCUUCGGUUUUGUCCACUUCAGCAAAGGAUGUUAGUCCUAUCAAAGUCUGCACUCCACCAUACUCUUUAGUGGUAGAUGAUUGCACUAAGCUCAUUUGUGUGAAUGGCCAGCUGGCCUUAUUCAAUAAGUCCCAGAGUUGCCCCUUUGACUCCAGACCUCCAAACUGUGGUCUACUUGGCUUUGCUGUGCUGGUCAAUGGAGACAAGUGCUGCCCAAAAUGGGACUGUCCAUGCCGCUGUUCCGUGUUUCCAGACCUAAAUGUUGUUACAUUUGAUGGGAACAGUGUAGGCCUUUACAAAGCAGCAGCAUAUGUGGUGACACAGCUCAUGAAUGAGACUGUCACCAUCCUGAUACAGGAGUGCCAUAGUUCAGAGAGCACACUUGUCUGGAAUUUUACUCACUUGUGUCUGGCAGCUCUAAACAUUACGCAUGACUCCAAACAGGUGCUUGUUAAUCGAUUGCAGAGACGGGUAUAUGUUAACUCAAGGUAUGCAACACCACGUUUAAAAAAGCAUGGUUUUGAAGUUAUAGAUACAGGUAACAUGUAUAUAAUCUGGACUCCUGCUGGCCUGAAGAUCCAAUGGUUCCACAGCACAGGCAUGAUGGUGAUUGAAACAGAGACUCAUGCCAACAAGCUCUCCACGAUGGGGUUGUGUGGGUGUUGUGAUGGCAAUUCACUAAAUGAUCUGAUAUUACACAAUGGAACUGUAGUGGCUGAUGCUGAAGAUCCCACUAUAUUCAUAGAUAGUUGGCAAAUUUCUAAUACCACAAGUUAUGUUGGCCAGAGCAGGAGAAGGGAGGCUAACUGUUCUACUAUUGAUUGCUCUGACUGCUUCGAAAUGCUCAACAACCUUACUUUCACUGCCUGUCAUUCUUAUGUUCCACCAGCUACAUUUUGUGAAGUAUGGGUACGAGAUGUUGAGUAUGUGAAUAACCCUUGUGUGGCUCUUGCUGCAUAUGUUGCCUCCUGUCACAAAUUUAACAUCUGCAUCGAGUGGAGAAGCAAACAUCACUGUCCUUUUGUCUGUCCUGGGACACUGCAAUACCAUGCAUGUCUCCCUGCUUGCACAGCGCCUUCAUGUCCUAAUAAGGAGUUUGAGUAUGAUGCUGUACAGUGUUCAGGCAUUUCCGAGGGAUGCAUGUGUCCAGAGGGGACUUUACUUCAUCAACCAUUCUCUGCACUUUGCAUCUCACCUGUCAAGUGUGCCUGUACAGAUAGUUUUGGAGCUCCCCGUGCCUUGGGUGAGGUUUGGAAAGCGUCAGUGGAUGGAUGCUGUAUGUAUCGAUGUGAGAGUGGUGGUAUUGUGCCUGUCGAGUUUGAGUGCAGUGAUAUUCCUCAUCCAGUCUGCAAAAGAGCAGGAGAGAUCAGCGUUAGCCUUACAGAUGACAACUGUUGCACCCAAAGAGUCUGUGUGUGUAAUCAGAGUGCAUGUGAGAACACUUCAGUGGGCUGUAAAUUUGGACAGAAGAUGGUCUCAUACUUUAGACAGGACUCAUGCUGUCCACAGUAUACCUGCGAGUGUGAUCCUGAACAGUGUGUGCUAGAUGUCCCUGUCUGCCGAGAGGAUCAAACAUUAAUUGCCACUCGCAACGAAGGAAGCUGCUGUCUGGCUUAUAUUUGCAUGUGUGACAUAUGUUCAGAGGUUAUUCCAGAGUGUGCAGAUGGAGAGCUUCUUACAGUGGAGCUGAAUAGUACAGAUCGCUGCUGUCCCAUAUAUCACUGUUUGUGUGAGCAUUCCAGGUGUUCAGUCAUCAAAUGCCCGGUAGGAAUGUUUGCUGUCUCCACUAUAGUUCCAAAGCAGUGCUGUCCAUCACAGGAAUGUAAAUGUGCAUGUGAGACAAUCUCUCAGCCUAAAUGUGCCAUGGGUGAGAAUUUGCAAUUACACAGAGCAUUUAUGGCAGACUCUGAGAAUCCCUGUGGAUGCAAACAUUAUCAUUGUGUGAGAAGUGCAGUGUGUGUGGAUGGAAAUAGGGGAAUAAUGAGACCAGGACAAUCUUUGAUUGAGCACAGUGCUUUGGGAGUCUGUUAUAUCACCAGAUGCACAGACACAUUUGACUCUGCCACUGGAUUCUACCUCAUAAAAGCAACCAGUAUUAACUGCACUGCACAGUGUCAGCCAAACCAGGUUUAUGUACCAUCUAAAGACCGGAGUGCAUGUUGUGGAGUGUGUAAGAAUGUGUCCUGUAUGUACCACAAUGACAAUGGAUCCAUAGCUUUGUAUAAGCCUGGGAAGAGCUGGGUGUCUGAGUGCAUGCGCUAUGAAUGUACAGACACACAGUCUGGACCAGUUCUGGUGUCUAACUCCUAUAGCUGUCCCCCGUUCAAUGAAACAGAGUGCAUAAAGAUCGGAGGCACAGUAAUGACAUACAUGGAGGGAUGCUGCAAAACAUGCACUGGACACUCAAUCUUCCCCUUCCUUGUUAACACACUGAAACCCACCACUAGUACUAACUGUGACCGAGGCAAAGAGGAUGGAAAAUCAUGUCAGAAAGUCACUGUGCGGAUGACAAUAAGGAAAAAUGACUGCCGUAGCAACAGACCGGUGAACAUAGUGUCCUGUGAUGGCAAGUGCCCUUCAGCAAGCAUUUACAACUACAACAUCAACACUUAUGCACGGUUUUGUAAAUGCUGUAGGGAGAUGGGUCUUCAGCGGCGCUCUGUUCAGCUCUACUGCAGCAGCAACUCCACAUGGAUAAACUAUUCAAUCCAAGAACCUACAGACUGCUCUUGUCAGUGGUCAUAAAACACACACACACACAUACAUACAUACAUACAUACAUACAUACAUACAUACAUACAUACAUACAUACAUACAUACAUACAUACAUGCCUCAAAUAAAACUGUCAGCUUUACAACUCUGAAUGUUCAUAUUCUCCAUAAAAACAAAGGGCAUUCUAAAACUGGAUACAGAGUUAUACUGUUGUAACUUGAACAGAAUGUGUUUCUGAACUUAACAUAUUUUAUACAGUCACACUGGCAGACAUUCAAAUAUAUUUACCUAGCUGAAUAUGCCUUUGCUUGUGGCUUGUACAGUUCUCCAUUUGGAAUUGAAUAUGAGUGGGGAAAACAGCAAAAUAAUAAUAAUAAUUAAAUAAACUAGCUAAACACAUUAGAUGCAUUUAUCGAAAAUAGUGAUAUUUAAUGUGAUUCUUAAGUGAUUACUGAAUAUAUUAAUCUGCUGCUUUGUAAUAACUACAAUUAUGCUGUGUUUUGUGAACAUUAACUAUUCCUAAUAUUAUGCAGCAAACUUCAAAGCCCAUGAGAACUAGAACCCAGAAUUCAAGAAAAAAUUAAAUGUUCAAGCUGAUAAUGGAAGUAUUACAAUUAAUAAUGAGUAUUUAAUUGCAAUUUUAAAUACUGUAUGAAUCUUC